CUCUSAUUGAUCUUUCUCRCGUUGUAAUUUGGUGAGUUCGAACAUGUCUUUGUCUAGAGAGGUCAUCGUUAUAACCGGUGUUUCUGCUGGCCUAGGGUAUCAGAUGCUCAAAUGGUUCAGCUCCAAAGGGCAUAUAGUCAUUGGCUGUGCUCGUUCUGCAGAGAAAGUCCAAGAAUUUAACUCAACUUAUUGCGAGGAUGGKAAACCGAAGCAGUUCUUUUCUGUUGACAUUACAGAUGACUCGGCUGUUAAGAACUGGGCUAAGGAGGCCAUAGCUAGCUUUGGUGCCCCUUCGUAUGUCCUAAACAAUGCUGGUCUUAAUAAUAAGCACGUUCCAUUUGGGCAAAUAUCAAAGGAAGAGUUUGACAAGGUUGUGGAUAUCAACAUCAAAGGAUCUGCAAACGUGAUUAGGCAUUUUCUCCCAGACAUGAUGAAAGCCAAACGCGGAGUCAUAGUGAAUUUCUCGUCUGGUUUUGGACGUUUUGCAGUGCCCAAUGAGACCGCAUAUUGCGCCACGAAAUGGGGAAUCGAGGGAUUCUCAAAGGCUUUGGCCUUGGAGUUGCCGUCUCCUAUGGUCUGUGUGCCCCUUGACCCUGGUGGGAUGAUCAACACACCCAUGCUUCAGGAUACCUUUGGUAAAGGAAAUGCUUCGAAGCAACAGUCCCCGGAAGAGUGGGCUCAAAGAGCAUGCCCCUUUAUCUUAUCCAUCACUAGAAGCUCUAAUGGAGAGAGUGUUACUGUACCUUCUUAGUGUGAUAGGUAUCUAUAAAGUAACAGGGAAAUCGUAUUAAACGAAUUUAUACCUA